UGCGGCACCGAGUGAAGGAAAAAAUUUUAGUUGUGCAUUGUUUUUCGUACCUCUUAUAUCUUCAGAAAAUUCAAAACGAAAACAUUCCUUCGUCACGGAUGGAGAUCACUGAAUAAUUCAAAUUCUAACGUCGACAACGUCAGUUGUUCGGGAGAAGCUGAAGACGAAAGCAGGAGAAUACCUUUACGACUGUGCUCUGCAUAUGAAAAUACACCCCAGGGAGUUGUGUAAAACUCGAUAAAACUGGCCCGUCAUCGUUUUCCCGUAUUUUCGUAUCAAAUUCAGAAGAAGGGUUUUCCACGAUCAACUUUAGUACACCAUCCCAAAGACGUGGUACCCAGCUAUUUCGACACGCCAUGCAAGAUCCCAGGGUUUACGAAUGACAUGUCCCCCCGGGACUCGUGUCCGAUCAAGAUAAAUUGAACUCUGUGUACACGAGAGGUGCAUCGAUCAAGAAUGAAGGUGCAAUAUUAAGAAGACAUACAAGGAAUCCCGGUGCACUAGGGACAAAAAAGCUUGAUGGAGUGAAAUUGAUUGCGCAAGUGUCUGGAAUUCGCUCGAAAUUUGUUGAAAUGAUAAUCAACUUUCCAAGCAUCAUGAUUUGAAGGACACUACUCAUCUCCAAUCCGCGUUUCAUCUCUCGCUAUAACAUGACAUGUCCUCCUGGGACUCCUGUCCAAUCAAGAUACAUUGAACUUUGUGCAGACGAGAGUGAAGUUGAUUGUGCAAGUUCCCCGAAUUCUCCCGAAAAUUGUUGAAAAAUCCGGAUGAAGUUCCCAGAGAAGCACCUGAAAUCGGCGAGCUCUCACGGUUUGAAGAACCCACCUUUUCAUAUGUAAUUCUUGUUUCAUCUUUCGCUAUCAACCGCGAACUGGUAAUCAAAGUUUCCGAAUGACAUGUUCUCCUGGGACUCGUGUCCGACCGAGAUAAAUUGAACUCUGUGUGGAGGAGAGACACAUCGAUGAAUAUUGAAGGUGCAAUAUCAAGAAGACAUACAGGAGAAUAAAAACUAGGCUAUACUGAAGCUAAUUCUGCAAAUUGUUGAAAAAACCAGAUAAAUUUACCAUCGCAACUGCUUUGAAUCUUGAAGAAGAGAAGCACCUGAAAAGACAUCAUAUGAAAAUCACUUCUUUUCAUAUCGAAUUUUUAUUUCAUCUUUCAUGAUCACCCGUGAACCGAUACUCAAAGUUUACGGAUGACUUGUCUUCCUGGGACUUGUGUCCGAUCUAGAUAAAUUGAACUCUGUGUCGAUGAGAGGUGCAUCGGUCAAUAUUGAAGGUGCAAUAUCAAGGAAACAUACAGAAGAAAAAAACUACAGUGUUGUGAAUGCUGCAAGUUGUUGAAAAACCAGAGAAACUUAACACCAACGAAGCACCUGAAGCGGACGAGGCCUCAUCAUAUGAAGGACAGUCUUUCUCAUAUCUCAUUCCUGUUUCAUCAUUCGUGAUCAUCCGUGAACCGAUGUUCAAAGUUUACGCAUAACAUGUCUUCCUGGGACUUGUGUCCGAUCUAGAUAAAUUGAACUCUGUGUGGACGAGAGGUGCAUCGGUCAAUAUUGAAGGUGCAAUAUCCAGGAGACAUAUAGAAGAAAAAGACUAUAGUGUUGUAAAUUGUGCAAGUUGUUGAAAAACCAGAUAAACUUACCGCCAACGAAGCACCUGAAGCUGACGAGGCCUCAUCAUAUGAAGGACACUCUUUCUCAUAUCUCGUUCCUGUUUCAUCUUUCGCGAUCAUCCGUGAACCGAUGUUCAAAGUUUACACAUGACAUGUCUUCCUGGGACUUGUGUCCGAUCUAGAUAAAUUGAACUGUCUCGACGAGAGGUGCAUCGGUCAAUAUUGAAGGUGCAAUAUCAAGGAGACAUACAGGAGGAAAGAGACUAUAGUGCAGUGAAUUGUGCAAGUUGUUGGAAAAACCGAUAAACUUACCACCGCAACUCCUUUGAAUCUUCAAGAAGAGAAGCACCUGAAAAGGCAGCGACAUCAUGAUUUGAAGAGCACUCCCCUUCAUCUUCAAUUCUUGUUUCAUCUUUCACUAUCACCCACAACUUGAUAUGCCAGGGGCAAGCUAAUUAAUCACCGUGCACUAACGAGCUACCCGGGUAUCUCCGCGGUCUCACGGACCCCCACCUCCUUAACGACACCCACGAGAGCUUUAACUUGCAACGUCGGUGCUUGUGUAUGUGGUACAUAGAGAAACUGAUCUUACGUUAGAAAAGAGGGCAACCUCCUGCAGCACAGAAACAAAGUCAUUCCAAUGGACAUUUGUAUCAACGAGUUAUGAUGCUUUUGGUAUUGGUAGCAUCGAUUACUCGAUAACAAGCUUUUAGCCUUUUCUGACCGAAGCUUACGGCUCACCAGUGUGUAUGUAGACCACGUUUUCAAACGCUGAAUUGAGGACUCUUGAUGGUAUCCGGUGAAAUUGAGUUUGACUACGUUCAAUUCCACCACACUAUUUGCUGUACAAUCCAGUGACAUUCGCUAAAUUGAAGUAUAUGGAUGAUACAUUUUAUCAAAUUUCAAUCAUGAUGAUAUUGUGCGCAUUUAAAUACUUGAAAUAAUUACAUCUGAAGAAUUAUUGAAAAGUACAAAAUACUAAAUAGAGUUAAAAGCCAAUUAAUUUGCUUUGACUGUGUACACAUCAAUAAGCAUUGAGGCUCGUCAAAUACCCUCUGAAGAGAGAAUAAUUGAGCACUCGAAAUGGCAUAAUCCAGCGAUUCAAUACACAUGUGUAACGAAAGCAUCUGGGUUAUGGCAUGAGGACAUUAUCAGUGAAAGCAACCUGCGGGCCCAGCGAGGUGGAGGAUGAGGAUGGUGAUGGGUGUCAUGGUGCUGGGUCAGCUUUUGAUGAGGAUCCUGUUGGCUGCUCAUGCCGUAGAUCGGCUGGCAGCUGCCCGCAGGAUACUUCGAGACGUCCCUCUCAUAGAUGGACACAACGAUUUACCCUGGAACAUCCGAAAGUUCCUAAAAAAUCAACUGCGUGACUUCAGGUUUGAGGAUUUAAAAGGCAGCCAGCCGUGGUCACAAUCAGCCUGGAGUCACACUGAUCUCAGAAGACUGAAGGAGGGAAUGGUAGCAGCUCAAUUUUGGUCAGCGUACGUGCCCUGCUCAUCACAACAUCUCGAUUCAGUUCAAUUGGCACUGGAGCAGAUAGACUUAAUUCGACGCCUUGUGAAUAAACAUUCGCAGCACAUGGUUGUUGUCACAACUGCUGAAGGAAUCGAAAAAGCCCACAAAGAGCAUAGAUUAGCCAGUCUUAUAGGAGUUGAAGGUGGCCAUGCCGUUGGGACGAGCUUAGCUGUGCUGAGGAUGUUCUACGAGCUUGGCACAAGAUAUUUAACCUUGACACAUACAUGUAAUACCCCUUGGGCAGACUGCAGUACUGCGGACGAGCCUGGUCAAGUGCCUCACGUCGGUGGACUUUCUAGAUUUGGAAAAAGUGUAGUCUGGGAGAUGAACAGACUAGGCAUGAUGGUGGAUCUCUCUCACGUAUCCGUGCCAACGAUGCUGGAUGCCAUGGCGGUGUCCAGAGCGCCUGUCAUUUUCAGUCACAGCAGUGCACAUGCACUCUGCAAUUCAUCGAGAAAUGUGCCCGAUCAUGCACUUCGAUUGCUGGCACAAUCGGGAGGUAUAGUGAUGGUAUCUUUCUACCCGCAUUUUGUUAGCUGCGGAGAGAGAUCAACUCUGGACGACGUUGUCGCGCAUAUUAAUCACGUACGAAAAGUGGCAGGCACAGACCACGUGGGACUUGGUGCGGGGUAUGAUGGAAUUAAUUUAACACCUGCAGGUCUUGAAGAUGUAAGUAAAUACCCAGAACUGUUUGCUGAGCUCUUGGCACAAGGCUGGUCGGAGGAAGACAUUCAGAAACUCGCUGGUCUUAAUCUAAUUAGAGUGUUCAAAUCAGUUGAACAGAUAAGAGAUCGAAUGGCAGCAGAUGGCAUGGAGCCAUUGGAGGAAGACAUCCCUAACGAGGACAUUCUCGGAAGAGACUACUGCCGUUAUAAUCUUAAGCAUCAUCUCGCCAUUACACCCUGAAGGACACUCCAACAUGGUGCAUUAUUGUGAACUCUUCAUUGCAAUAUUUUUUAUAAACGUCAUUAGUAAAUUUUCUCUAUUCAAUUACGUUGUGAAUAGUUAUAAUCAAUUGAGUAAUAUUGAAAUAAACUCGAAAGCAGUGCUGUGUGCAAGUGCCGGUGAGAAUUACGUGUGAAAUUGAAAGGACAAAGUGCAUCGCAGUGAUCUAGCAAUUCGAAAUUACGGAUGAAACGGUAAAAAAGAGAUUAUCACUCUUUAAAAAAAAACAUAUAAAUAUGGACCAUUGUAAUGUUCUAUUAUGACCAAAGAAAUUUAUA